GGUGCUUAGCAGUUCUCAGCCUGACGGGCGGCUAUUUUCACCAAUCAGCAUGCACCAGCAGAACAGCUGAGGGUGACGUCACGGUGUUUGCUCAGGUUUUGUAUUGAAGUGGCACCGAUUCCGUACUGAGUCACAUGAACACACGUGUGCUGUCUAUGCGGCAUUAAAGAGUAAAAGUGAAGCAACUAAUGCUGCUUCUCUGUAAAUCUGUCUUGUCUGAACACGACCAGGCGCCGUCUGAUCUUUUUACUUCAAUCCAGAUAAAUAGCAGUUUGAAGGAGACUGUAUUGUCUGAGGUGUGACUGGGGCCUUUCUGCCAUCAUGUCAACAGAAAAACAAAGUCUUCCCGAGGAGAAUCUGCAAGGCUCUUGGGUCGAGCUGCACUUCAAUAACGGAGGUGGAGGAGCUCCCAAAGCAGCAGUGGAGGAUCAUGCUCAGAGUUCAGCUCCGUCCGGAGACAUGGAGAAGAUGCUGCUGGACGCUCAGCACGAGUCUGGCAGGAGUAGCUCCAGAGGAAGUUUGCCCUGUGACAGUCCUCCAAGGUCCCAGACUCCUUUGCACUUAAGCAGAGGCUCAGAGGUCCACAGCUCAGGAGAGAAAAACAGCUCACAGUCUGAUGAAGACUUUCUGGAAAGGAGGAAAGAGGUUGACAACCUGAUGAAGAAAAACGCUGAUUGGAUAUGGGACUGGUCGAGUCGUCCAGAAAACAUCCCACCCAAGGAGUUCUUGCUGAAGCAACCGAAACGCUCCAGCACCUUAAGUAUCAGGAACACUAGCGUGAUGAAGAAGGGAGGAAUCUUCUCUGCCGAGUUCCUCAAAGUCUUCCUCCCAUCUCUCAUCGUCUCUCACAUCCUCGCCGUGGGGCUCGGUGUUUACAUCGGAAGGCGCAUCACUACUGCCUCCAGCACGUUCUGAGGGAGAACCCAGGUCUCUGAUCUCACAGCUGCACCCUCACCGUCUACAUUGCUUUGUCUCAUCUUGAAUUGAUGUUUCAGUAGAUCCAACUAGGUCAGGAACGCUAGAGCCGCUUCCACUAGCAGGCUGCGUGCUGUGCUACACUGCCUUCCUUCCCUCCUCGUGUAUUCCUCUGGCUCGCUCUCUGCUUUUACAAUCUAGCCUGCACUGGGAAGCCAUUUUAGAUUUGCAGCCAGUAGCUGAAUAGCGUUAUCUGUGCUCCACCUUCAUCUUAUAAUUUCUUGUGCAGAUAUACAGAGAAUCUGUUUAAAAGAAAUAUCAGUCAUGUGAAAUGUAGAUGUAAGGAAGUAAAAAACAGACCAAUGCUGGAAUUUAAAAAUACUACAGAUAGGGUAAGAGUCUGGCUUAGGACUUGUAAAUAGAAAUACUUUAUGAUGGGGUUGACAAAAUAGUUUAAAAAAAACAAAACAAAAAAAACAACAACAAUCAUACCACCGUGUGUUUUGAUGAGGUUUUGAUACAAGGAAACAGUACAGCUUUUAUCAUAUUAAAGGAAGGGAAAAAUGAAAAAUUGCAAAAAUAUAUUCUAAUAUACAUGCUCAUUUCUGAGAUGAAGGGAAUUGGUCCAUUUGCAGAGUCCAAAUUGGAGUGAAAUUAUAUACGUUUGGUUCAUUUAUUGUUUGAUUUGGUUCCACGCUGCACUCAAGUAAACACUAAAAAGCAUUAAAAAAAACAAACAAAAAAAACGUUUGAUGGAUGUGUACGGCUGAAAACAUACUUGUAAAAUUGAAAUACACAAAAGAACAAGGUAAUCAAACCAACUGAACAUAGAAAUCACAAAGACAUCAUUUAAGUAGAGAGAAGGUGCAAAUUAAAUAUUAAUUAGAUAAUUAUCUAAUAGCAAAUCAGUGUUUUUCCUCUUUUCAUUUGUCGGUCCAAAUAUCCAGAACAUCACAAUUCUGCAAGGCUACAGCUCUGGUCUUCAGCUCAGUUUAGCAGCUUGCAUGAAGGGGGAGAAGGGGGGGGGACAAAGAAAUGCUGCCCAGCACCCAAAAUGCAAGACGUUUGAUUCACCUCCUGCAAUCGAACUGCACUCGAUUUUGUGUGGAAUCACACAGGAAUCACAGAAACCACAUAACUCAGACAUUCUCAGCUGACUUGUUUUGGUCCACACCCUGCGUAUAAUUAUUGUGUAAAGAUGCACCAGGGUUCAAUUCAAACGGACUACAUACUUUAGAAGCACCCAAACCCUCAAGUUGAUGCUCUUUGAAAAGUGUAAAGUGAUAAUAUUUAUUGCGAGAUCAUAUGAUUAUUUAUGGUAAUUAGCACUGUGUGUAUUAAAGGAUUUUAGUGAUCCACAUGGAAAAGGAGAAGAGCUGGUCCAUCAUCUGCACUCUCACUGAGGAGAGGCUGGAAUGAAUCAAGCUCACUUUAAAAUAAGUCUGAAAUUGCAUGAAGACUCGUUACAAGAGCUGUAGUUCUGUAUCUAAAUAAUAAUAAAAAAAAUAGUACCGUACGAGUCAGAUUUCAGUCUAUAUCAAAUUCUCUUGACACAUGAUUGUUAAUGUUAUAAGACUUUUUUUUGCUGUGAAAUUUAUCUCAGGUCAGCAUCUUGCAAGACAAAAAAAAAAAAAAAAAAAAAAAAAAAAAGAUGCCUCAUUCACUGGACAGCCCCAAAUGUAUUCUGGGCAAAAUUACACAGGUACCAAAACAGAAACUUUAUUUAUUGUGGAUAAACAGAAAACCUGUGUUUAUCCACAAUAAACAGUGUGACUGUUUAUAUUCCGUUAUAUACACAUUUAUCAGAUCAGGUAUCCACACUGACAACAGGAUCAAGUGAAUGGUGUGGGAACAGUAUGGCAUACUGGCCAGGCUCAUUGCUUUUCUGCUGUGUAGCUACACUUGGAUGGAAACUGCACCAUGAGACAAGUAUCAUUCCAGUGUUCCAGGAACAUAGGAGUGCUAUGGUAGCCUGAGAGAUGUACCCAGCAAUCAGGACAUUUCUAAAGGGCAAAAGAGCCACAACACAUUAUUAGGUGUACCCAAUAAACGGGUAGCUCAAUGUACAACAAUUCAUAUGACACUCAAACACACAAUUAUCCAUUAUGCAUGUACUGUUCAAAAGAAACAAUCGUUUCCUUAAUUUACUCCAAGUGAAAUGUAGAAAUGUGAAGAUUUGAACGUUAAGAUUCAAAGUUAUAAGAUCACCGUAGCUGCUAUGAUGACUUUUCAUUGGAAUAAGGCAAGGAGAAAAAGGGAAAUCUAUACGUAAUUUAGUGAGUGUUGUGUAAUGUGUAGAAACAUUAAGUCUAUGUGCAAGUUCCAUGGUUUUGUAUUUUAAGUGAAAACCAAUAAAUCUAUGUUAAAUCAG